GAACUGAAGAGUGGAACACAAAACAGAUCACAGGCAAGGACAAGAACGAAAACGACACAGUGAAAUACGAUACAACAAACACUGGGAGACUGAGGACCAUUGCCAUUGUCGCGUCCUGGGUGUCUGGUUUGUUCUCGCUCAUUACAGGCGUGACAGCCAUUGUUUUGGGACAGAUCUUUCACAGCCAGUCCCUAUUCGGGUACGGGUUGGACGGAGUGCUGGACAGCCUGUCCUCUAUAGUCGUUCUGUGGAGGUUCUAUGAUUCCUCGUCGUCUACGAAAACAGAGGCACGAGAAAGGAAGGCCUGUAUUGUUGUCUCCAUACUGUUCUUCGUCUCUGCCUUCUCCCUGGUUUUCAAAUCCGCCAACGCCAUUGUCCAGAACACGCAGGCAGCAGACCAUGAUGAAAGUAUGCUGAAUGGGAGAUUACUCACAGUGAUAUUUUUUUCACUGUGCGGAGUUAUUGCACUUGCUAUAGCAACACUCAAAGUGUACGUGGGUUGGAAGCUUCACAGCCACGUGCUUAUCAUAGACAGUAUCAUCACUUACGUCGGUGCCGCCAUCAGCUUUCUGGGGAUUCUGGCCAUGGAAAUGUACACCGAGGACCAGGACGUCUGGUACCUUGACGCCAUGUUUGGCCUUUUCUGUGGGACAUUCCUCUUCUUGUUUGGACUCAAGCUGCUCAUUCAGUUGACCUGCUGUUAUAAAGUGAAAGACGCCAUCCUGGAAAUUUCUCCUGGCACGCCAUAA